GGCAGAGCAAACACAGGGAAGCAGAGAAAUAGAACAUAGAGGGCUGGCCUCACUUGAUAAGCUGUAAACAGAGGCUUUGGCAGUAUGGAUUUUAUUUUGGUUAAACAUCCACGGAGCAGCUUCUCCACUGAUUAUUAUGACUCCGCUGGGAUUAUUUCAGAGACUGUUGCUGUUGUGAAGAAAAGAGAUGACACCUUGCAGAAAGGAAGAUGAGCCUUGAUUCUUUGGAGGGUGCAAUCCAUAACCUGCUGUCAGUGUUGUAUCCACCCUUUGAGGCCACUGCACCCACUCUUCUCAACCAGCUCUUCCUGAUCAUUGAAAGCCAUUUUCAGGGGGAUGCACUACAGUGCCUGCUGGACUUCUUAGUCCCAGCUAAGCGUAUCUUAGAGACUGUGCAGCAGGCUGCAUGUGCCCCGUACUUUGAUGCUCUCUUCCUGUAUGAGGGCUGGCCUCUGUGUUUGAAUGACCAAGUUGUUGUCCAGCUUGCUCCCAUCGACCCCCUGCAGCUUCAGCCUGGUGAUUUCUACCUCCAAGUGGCACCAUUUUGUGACCAGUCAGCUCGUAUUGUGGUCUGCAGUCUCUUAGAAGAGGAGGGGCUUAUUUCAGAGGUAGUUGAAGAGACCCCAAUUCCUGGGACCUCUUAUCCCUGCAUAUUCAGCCAUGAUUGGUUAGGGGAGCUCAACCAGGGUCGUCAAGGAACUCCUCUCAGCCAAUGUCUGCUACCUUCUGGGAAAGGCGUGGUGAGGUUACCAUGGGAACGGGUGGCCAUGCCUGAUUUUGUGAAUGCGCCAUUGUGUGGUGGGAAUAGCAUGGCCUCUGCUUCUCCUUCACAUCCUCCUUUAGCUCAUCCACCUUGUUUUGACAGUUCUAUUUCAAAUCUUUCUUUGCCUCAUUCUCCCUUAAAGGAUUCUGCACCCAAACAUUAUCCUACAACUAUUAAACAUCCUCUUUUACCCUCUUCUUCACAUCCCUUCUCUGUUGAGACAAGAAUAUGUCCAGCAAAGCACGGCAUUGCUGUGUCACUCUGCCUGGUGGACUCUAGUUGGACUGCAUCAUCUUCUAAGCUGGCUGUACAAGAGACUGAAACCAAGCCUAAGCCUAUUGACUCGAUGUCCCCUAAUACAUGGGGUAGAUGCCUAACUGAAAGAGAUCCAAAUAAAGUUACAAAAGCAAGCAAUGGUAUAUGCUCUCCUGCAAGUGCAGAUAUAAAUAGCUGUAAAAGUGAAGGUAUAGAGCAAGAGACAAAUAAAGAGACAAACAUUAAAGAUAUAGACAGGAGCGGACCAGUAGGACAAGUUGCUGCAGAAGGAGAGUAUAUUGAUAUUCUUCAGGCAACUAUGCUUUUUAGUAAUGCUCAGACAAUGAAAGGAGAAAAACAGAAGUCAGAGAUGCAAAUGCAAUCAAAUGCACAAAUUCAACCACUAACGCAAAGGUAUCCAUAUGGAUGCACACAAAUACAACCUCAAAUACAAACGCAUUCAAAUAGGCAGACAGGAAAACAGCCAAACACACAGAUAACAUCUCCAACACAGUCACAGGCACAUAUGACAUUUCCAACAGAAUCACAAGUACAAAGUCAGUGUAGAUCAGAAACAGCUGAAUCAUUGAGUCCCAACAUGUCCAUUGAAGAUAAAUGUCCAUCUGCUGUCCAUAAUUCUCAACUCGAUCAUCCUCGCCUGGAUACUCUAGAUUCUUCUCAAUGUAUGCGGGCUGUCCAAUUCUUAGAGAAACCCUGUACCCCGUGCAUGAGGAGAAGACAAGGUGGGAGAGUGUCCCGAGCUCAGGAGCUGAGGUGUCGGUACAGGGAUUCCUACCAGGCUGCUAUAGAAAACCCAGUUGCUUUUGGACAGGGCAAAGAGAGUCGGGAUGACUCAGCUGUGACGGGGGAGGAUGUUGAGCUCUGCCAUAAAACACAGAGGCUACUAGAGACUGAAACAGGGAAGCCAUGGUUCAAUGUUCAAGGGAUGUGGGAUGGCCCUGAGAUGAAACCAUGGUUUGCUUCAUCUGUCAGUGAAGUGAUAUGUAAGGAGUCAGGAGAAAUAAAUACUGUUCCAUGCUGGACACCAGGAUAUUCAGACACUACCACUUGGACUGAUUACAGAGAUUCUAAUGUUUUAAAAAAUGGUGAUAUGCCGAAACAAAUCCCUAAAAGGACUGCUCUGCCAUCAAGGGAAUCAAGGAACAUACAGUCUUCAAAAUCUUGUGGCAAUUUUUCCAAUGUGAACGGGACAAACUUGGCUGCAAGAGCUCUAUCAAGCUCAUAUGAUCAGCAGCGACAUGUUAUGUCUGACAAAAUCCACAUCCAGCCCACUUCUCCAGGUCAAAUUUCAGGUAGUGACAUUAAUGGCAGACUUCAUGAAAGGCUACAAAGCAUAAACAAUUCCAGGGCGGUAAGUGCAGGCUUUUUAAAAACCCGAUCAGUUUCAGAGAACAGGAAAUCCCUGUCAGACGGAAGAUGUUCAUCUCUGUCCACUGCUGUGGUAGACACCUCAGAGAAGUGUGAGCUGGUCAUUGUUGAAGGUGAAAAAGUUCGGAGGAAAGAAAUUACAGAUUCUUUUGCAGAUAUUCCUCAGCUGCACGUGGUGAAAUGCAAACACAGCACAGCCUUUCGACUUGUUUCCCCAAAGAUCAACAGGAGGAACAAGGUCAUUGCAGAUGAUGCUCAGCAGGGCUGUAUGACCAUAACCAGUAGAAAUAGCCAUCAGACAGAAAAACUGUCACAGACAAACUCCUGUCUGACAACAGAGAAACCAAGGACCACCAAGCCAGCUUCUGCUACUCCCAGACCUGACAACCUUUUCCUGGGAAUUCCAGACCCCAGUCCCCACCCCUUUUAUUUAGGGGUAGCUUCUCUAACAGGUGCCAGAGACAGGACAGGCAGGGCAAUAGUUGAACUCUAUGGAGACCACCAAGGAUGGAGAUCAGCUCAGAGCCAUGAGCUCUUAAAGAUGCUGCUCUACUUCCACUCUAUCACCAGGAGAGAAAUCAGAGAAGCUGGACUGACUCUCAUUUUCAAUGCAAGGAAGACAAAUCCUCAACCCCAGCUGUAUAAAGCCUUGAUGGCGCUUCAGGAGCAGACUCCCCAGGCCAUAAACAGUUUUGUGGUGCUUGUUGACAAGGACAGCAGCCCUCAGCCGGAGCGGUGUGCUGGGAUUCAGACUGAAGUGGUGAUGUCAGUAAAAGCCUUAUUCAAGCUGGUGGAGGUGAGUCAGUUGAGCCCUCGUCUGGAUGGCACACUUUCUCACAGCCCCUGUAACUGGAUGGAGCUGCACCAGAAACUCUUCCCAUUUGUGUCCAAUCUUAACGAGGCGUCCAGCCUUCUACAGAGAGCCAUCAGUAAGUUAGAGGAGCCCCACAGGACAGACAGUGUGCAGAGUGUACAGCAGUUCAUGAUGGACCAAAGGACUCUAAUGCGGGAUGUCCUGGAGGACAGCCGAUUGGUCGACCUGCAAAGGGAGGGGGGGGCAAUGCUGGCAAGGCUGAAGAAAGAGAGUGACCUCAAGUAUCCCGACUGCGAGGACCUCAGUGAUGCACUGGAGUCAGUGACUAGCUUAUACAACCAUGUAGAAGAGCAGGCUCAUGUCCUUGUGCAGAAGUCCAACUUGUCACUGGAGCACCUGGAGUACCUUCUGCAAGUCAGAGAAAUGGAGGGACACUUCAUGCAGUUACAACAGUGGUUUAAUGUAGAGGGAGAGCAACAUCUGCUGGAGGCUGCAUCAGUUGAAGACUCUGGACAGAGAAUGGAGCAGAUCCUAAAUAGCUUCACUAGUUUCCUUAUUGAAGCAAAUGACCGAAGACAGCAUGCCAUGACUUUAGUGUCAGGGGCAGAGCAACUCCUACAGAACAGAUCCUCCUACCCAGAAACAGAGGGGUUUUGGGCUCUCAUCUGCAACUUCAAGUCAGGCCUGGAGGGCUUUUUCUGUAGAGCUGAGGCAUGUGGCCGGGAGCUGCAAAUUAUGGUCAACGUGUGUGAUUUUUGUGAGCAGGCCACAGCUCUGGCAAGUGAAUGCAUGGAGUACCUGGACCAGAAUCUCUCCAGAGACCACACAAGGAAAGACCAUGACAAAACCUUAUCUCUGGGAGCACAUGGCUUUGGUCCAACAGCUACAAAUGUCUUACUAUCAGAAAAUGAAGGUUCCACCCUCCAGACUUUCCAGGACAGGUUCCUACAGUUCAGCCCAGAGAGAUUUCAAGAGAUGAAAACCCAGGCCUGCUCCCUGCAGGGCUCAAGGGCGAUGCGGGUCUGGAAUAUAGCCUGGCUCAAAUGCCAGGAGGCUAGGCAGCAGCUUCAGGAGAGGCUGCAUGAUGCACAUGAAGUUUUACAUCAACAAUCAGAUUCUAGCAGUUGGUGUGAACAUCUUUUUGUUGAUGUGGUGAGCACUAAUGUCCAGACUCUUCCUCCUGAUGGCCAGAAUCUGGUCGUACAAUCAACACCUGGGCCCCGGCACCCGCAGUGGGAGAGCAUCAUAACAGGAGCAGGAGAUAUAGGGAAGAGAAGGCCUAUUUUGGGCACUAAUAGCACUAAUUUAAAACCUUUAGCUUGCUGUAACACAACUACCAAACCUGAGGAAAGCAGUGAUGCUGGAACCAGCCAGGGCUCAAAGGUUACUCCAAGGUCACCUCAGAGGUCAGCAAUAAGAACAGAAAAAGAAACAAAGAAGAGACAGGUGAGCAGAGCAAGGAGUGAGAGAGAUGCUGCUGCCCUGUCUCAGUCCCAUACAGUUGGAUGUCAGUGGUUUCCAUGGGGGCGAGGGCUUGGAGUGAGGUCUGUGAGCCAGGACUCGUGCACCACAAGAGUAGUGAAGGCAGAAUCAUCAUCUCCAGAGCAGCAGGUUAGAUCCCCGUCAUCCUGCUCCCACCACGGUCAGCCAUCUUGUAGGAUUCUUCAGGAGGCUCAGAAGUUCCAGAUCUCCAGACAUGGGAGCUUCUGCUCUGAAGAGUCCUGCAUGAGCAACCGGGCUGCUACAGGGGGUGAUGAGACUUUAUGCUACAAACACUCCAGCCUGCCUACUGGGAGAUAUGAGACUGUAUUUUGUUCUGCGAAUCCUCAAGAGAGUAAUGCCCUGAAGCUGCAGCGUGUCCUGGAUGAGCUGGUGUUGACAGAAAGGGAGUAUGUGCGCUCACUUGGUUACAUCCUGACCCACUACCUCCCCCUGCUGGUCAAACCAGACAUCCCCCAGGAUCUCAGAGGAAAGCGAGGUGUCAUUUUUGGUAACCUAGAGAAGCUUUAUGACUUCCACAGUCAUUACUUCUUGCCUGAGCUGGAGGCUUGCCAGAUGGAGCCAGCCAUGGUGGCCCGCUGCUUCCUCAGACAUGGUGACAGGUUUGGCCUUUAUGCUCUGUACAGUAAGAACAAACCUCAAUCAGAUGCCCUGAUCCUGCACUGUCGCCAUGACAUCUUCAAGAUGAAGCAGCAGGAGCUUGGAGACAUGAUGGAUCUGUCAUCCUAUCUUCUGCGGCCCAUUCAGAGGAUCAGCAAGUACAGCCUCUUGCUGCAGGACAUGCUGGCCCUGGCUGGCUCAUACAGGCCAAAGGAGAUAAUCAAAGACCCACUUCAGUCAGCUAGUGGGUGUGUACAAAGUGUAUGUGGCCCUGGUGUAUUUGUGCCUGAUCUUACAAGUAGUGAGAGGGAGCGGGAGAAGGCUGAGAUCCAAGCUGCUGCAGACCUGGUUAGGUUUCAGAUGCGUCAUGGAAAUGACUUGCUCACUAUGGACGCCAUCCAGGAGUGUGAUGUAAAUUUAAAAGAGCAGGGUCAGCUGGUUCGCCAGGAUGAGUUCACUGUUCUCUUUAGGAAGAAGAAGUGUGUGCGCCGCGUCUUUCUCUUUGAAGAUCUCAUUCUUUUCGGCAAGACCAAGAGGACAGACGUUGGCAAUGAUGUUUAUGUCUACAAGCAGUCAUUUAAGACAAGUGACAUCGGAAUGACCCACAACUCAAGUGUGAGUGGUUUGUGUUUUGAGAUCUGGUUCCGCAGGAGAAAAAGUGAGGACACCUACACUCUGAAGGCCUCCAGCAUGGAGGUAAAGAAAGCAUGGACCACCGACCUGGAGAGGAUUCUGUGGGAUCAAGCCACUCACAGUAGAGAGCUACGUUUGCAGGAGAGGGUGUUUAUGGGAAUGGGACGCAAACCAUUUAUGGACACUCAGCCGAUUGAUGUGAUCUGUGACCGAGCUGUCAGCUGUGUCCUGCCUGGGAGAAUCCCUUUGGCCUGUUGUUCACACAGGGACAUAGAAUAUCCACGUCCAUACUCCAUUGGCUCUGGAAGCACCUCAUCAACCACUAUUAGCCAAUCUUCUUCCUCCUCUGGACGGGGCUCACUGCCCCCUGUUGGUAAUUCUGGGAACCAGUCUCAAGGAGUGGAUUCAAGUCCUGCUGGAUGCUCGUCCCCUGAGGCUGUGACUGAAAAUGAACUGAAUAGCCACCAUCUCCAUCAGCAUCAACUUCAUCAUAACUGUGAACACUGGAAAACUCAUCAUCUUCUGGUGGACAGCACUGAAUCAUCAGGAGAAUGCACUAACCUCCUCAGCAGUUCAGACCACAGCUGCCUAUCUGUCAUCAGUGGAGAAGCAGUAGCCUCCUCCUCCUCCUUUUUAUCGCAGAGGUCUAAACAGUGGCCACCACUUUUUCGGACCCCAGGCAUGACUAAAAAUGGCUCUCCAGCAACAACAAGAAAAAAAAUGGUUAUUGCCCCCAAACCUCCACAACUGGCUGCUCACAUACAGAGUGAUGAUAUCAUGAUUGGGAAAUCUACAGAAGUUUAACACUGGAAAUCUGCUGAAGGUCAUCUGUCCACUGGAACUUAACAGCCUUGUUGAAGAUCUCCAUACCACCAUGCAGACUGGGUAGACAUUAUUGUCCAGCUACACAGACACGACUCCAACCCCAGCCUCUUAAAGUCCCAGGUUCCUCUACUAGAUAAUUUCUUUUUGAAGCAUUGGUAGUUGGUUGCCUCGAUAUGAUGAGUUUGUAACACUUAGAUGUCAAUUUUAACGCUGACAAAAUCCCACACAUAAGUUAGAGACUGCUUAGUGGGUGAAAUGGUUAACAGUUAACAGAGUGAGAAAAGUACACCCAUCUGUGCAUGUACUUUUUGUCUCAAGACUGAAUAUUUGGCACAAAAUAAUAAUCCCUGCAGGAUCAUUGUCUUCUUAAGAAAACAUUUAUAUUUAAGCACUGAAUUCCACAUCAGCUACUUUAAAUGUGUUUGUUCAUAUGUUUUUCCAGAGUGAGUUGUCUUUCAUGUCAGAUUUGCCUAGAUGCUACUUGUCUAUGAGCUAUACUGUUUAAAAUAACAGAUGUGCUACUGAACAAUAAUACCUGAUUAGCAUCUGCAUUGAGGAACAAUAAGAACACUUCAAUCUACUGAAAAAGAACAUUCUCUCUGUUUGAUGUUACUUUUUAAUUAUUAGCUCUCAAAGUAUUGCAUAAGAAGCUGUUCAGAUUUUUUUUAUUCUCUAUAAACAGGACAGCAUUGUUGUACUUAAAAGUUGACAAGAGAAACACGUUGCAGACCAGGACACAUUUCAGGUCCAGAGCUUUCCACUGGCCAUAAGUCCAGAGUUAUCUGAACACUUGUUUAAAAUGGAUAACCAUACUGUUAAUGAACAGGGGCUUAAUGUGGAUACAGUAUCUGUGCCACUCAGUAAAACUACAUUGUUGUAUUAAAUAAUAAAUUGGAAUGAAUACUGUACAAACUACUUUAUUCUCCAGGAUUUUCAGGCAUUUCUUUUUCUGCUAUCGAUUUAAACAUGUAUUCUUUCUGACUGGAUAUUGUUACAAAAGUUGUAUAUUUUAUAUUUUAUUAAAAGGGAGAGACCGAUUUUAUGAAAUAGCUCUAACUUUUCUAUGUAUUAACUUAAGGUUAAUAGGUACAGACCCUGUAUGUCUUGCACGCGAAAACCACAUAUUGUUAUUUAAGGUCCACCACUGGUUCUAUACAAACUUAGGACAAAACGUAAGACAACUUUUGCUUGGUAGAUUACUUCUUUGUUGUAACAGUGCUUCUAUGCAAUAAAUCUUAUACCACUGGA